AUGACGAUCGCCGCGAUUAAGCCGAUUGUGACCAACAUUUUCGUAAUCCCACCGAUCAUUGGUCGGGCUACGAGUGGACUGACCCUUAAAGCACCGGUCGAUCGGGAGAAAGAUUGGCACUAUUUCCUGGUUAUGGGGCCACUGGUUGUGUACGUGAGGUCCAGUUCCCCUGCGUUUCAGACAUACGCCGGCGGUAUACUAGAUAGCCGUGAGUGCAAUACUGGCGGCCCUUUCGAUCACAGCCUGAUUCUGGUCGGGAGAGGGUGUCGAUGA